AUGCGUCUCCCGCUCUCCACCCUCAUCGCCCUCGUCCCCUUCUUCCUCGAGGUGUCCGCCCAGGGCUCCUCGGGGUCGGGCCAGACGACGCGGUACUGGGACUGCUGCAAGCCGAGCUGCGCGUGGCCGAAGAAGAGCAACUCGCUGACGCCGGUGCAGACGUGUGACAAGAAUGACAGCCCGCUCGACGACGGGGGCAACACAAAGUCCGGGUGCGACAACGGCGGUAGCGCCUUCAUGUGCUCGUCGCAGAGCCCGUGGGCCGUCGAUGAUAACCUUGCCUACGGUUGGUCCGCCGUAAGCAUCUCCGGCAGCAACGAGGCCAACUGGUGCUGCGCCUGCUACGAGCUCACCUUCACGAGCGGGCCCGUCAGCGGGAAGAAGAUGAUCGUCCAGGCUACCAACACGGGCGGGGACCUGGGGAAUAACCACUUUGACUUGGCUAUUCCCGGAGGAGGCGUUGGGCAGUUCAACGCCUGCACCAACCAGUACGGCGCCCCGUCCAACGGCUGGGGCGAGCGGUACGGCGGAGUCGGCUCGCGCAGCGACUGCGACAGCUUUCCCGCAGCGCUCAAGGACGGCUGCUACUUCCGCUUCGACUGGUUCCAGGGCGCCGACAACCCGUCCGUCAGCUUCCAGCAGGUCGCCUGCCCGGCCGCCAUCACCGAGAAGAGCGGCUGCACCCGCCAGAACGACGUCAUCGACGAGACGCCCACCGGCUCCAGCUCCUAG